GUCUGACCUUUGGGAGAUCAGGCAGGACAAACAUCUAACCUUGAAGGAGGAAAGGAAGAUCCGAUGGGGGUCAAACAGUCCAGGGCCAGCUCCGAUGACAAGGACCCCAAGAGAUUUCUGGUGGGGAAGAGGCAGAAGUUCUCCUCGUGGGACGAUACCCUGCUCUUGGGGAAGGACCCACGGUCCCUGCUGAAGCGCGGCAUGCGUCAUGUCAGCUUUAGCCUAGUCACGAAAGGGAUGACAGACAUCCCAGAUUUUCUGUGGGGCUUGCUGGAAGUCCAGAAACUCAAUCUGUCCCACAACCAGCUCCGAGUGCUACCCCCUGAGGUGGGCAGGCUGACCCGGAUCGUGGUCCUAAACUUGUGUGGGAAUUGCCUCAAGAGUCUCCCCAAAGAAGUCAGUCUCCUCCAGAGCCUCAAGGUCCUCUUCCUCAACAUGAACUGCCUGGCGGAGGUGCCGGCCGAGCUCAGCCUUUGCAGGAACCUGGAAGUGCUGAGCAUGUCCCACAACUGCCUGUCCCAGCUCCCGGCCAGCUUUGCGGACCUCGCCAGACUCCGGAAGUUGAACCUCAGCAACAACUACUUCGCUCACAUCCCCCUCUGCGUGUUCUCUCUGAAGGAACUGGACUUCUUGCACGUGGGCUCCAACCGCCUGGAAAACAUCGCGGAGAGCAUCCAGUGCCUGGCUAGCUUGCAGAUCUUCAUCGCAGAGAGCAACAACAUCCACUCCUUCCCCAGGUCGCUCUGCCUAGUCACCAGCCUAGAGCUGCUGAACCUGAACAAUAACGACAUCCAGACCCUCCCAGAUGAACUCUACCUGCUGUGCAGACUGGGGAGGAUUGCGUGGAAUCCCAUGGACAAGGGGCUGCACAUUUCCCAUAAUCCUUUAUCCAAGCCCCUGCCGGAGCUGGUGGAGGGCGGCCUGGAGAUGCUUUACAGCUACCUGAAGGACAAAAAGCACAACUGAGGCGGAUGUCAGACACAUGGACAAGGGUCAGCUCAUGCAGCUUCUGUUAGCUGGGGUCCGUCUCUAGUUUAAACCUUCUAAUGUAGUGUCUGUCAGCGCUGGGCUCCCAUGUGAUAAGCUGCUGUACAGCAUUGGCCCAGGUGAGACAUUUGCUUUUAACCUUAUCCGUCCUUAGUAUCCUGGUAUCCCUGACCAAGAAAAUACGUUCAUCUCACCCAAAGCCUGACUUGAAGCAGGCUUUUGGGUUUUACCAAAAGGAACAAACUACUCAAAUGGCAAGACUUAGCUCUUGGUAGUAUGAGUGAUAAGUCAAACUUGAUGUAAUUCCAAGAUCAAAUAUAUACUUCUAUGUCCCGUGUGCCAAGUGUGGUGGAAAGGGUGGAAACUGUCUACUUUCUGGGUAUUUUAUACUCCAACUGGUAACUGGUAACCAGUAACUGGCAGUGAGGUGGCAACAGCAAGACAGGUUCCUGUGUCAGCCCCAAGCAAGCUUCCUUCAAGGUGAGAGGGUAAAGAGGAGCAGGCUCAGUGCUGUCUGGGACCAAAACAGGCAAAGCUGUCCCUUUGGGUUUUGGGGAAAUGAUCAUAGGAACUAUUCCUUUAUGAUGCCUACAGGAUCUGUAUCGGGCUAUUUAUGGUUGUGUGUGCUGGUUUCAACCAGAUGGCAUCAUGACUUUCAGGGAAUAAACAAGAUGGUCUCAGU